AAACAGCUCGUCAACCACCUCGGUAGCUUGCUAGCCAACAUAGCCGAAAGAUUCAAGCUAUUUAUACGCUUUCGGUCUAUAUUUGCUGCUGUGUUUUAGACACACUUCUGUCGUAUCUACUUGUUUACCUAUUUAAUUUAAUAUUACGUUAUUUUGUAUUAGUCAGAUAUAGCAGCUGGCUGGUUAAGUUAGCACUAGACUAGUCGCUAAUGAUAGAUAGCUAGCUAACAUCUCCGAACAUGAGCUCCCUAAACUACUCCCCUCCUGUUAAAGAAGAGGUCUGCUGGACGGAGAAAGAAGCUCUGGGGCUGAACAUUGUCGUGAAAGAGGAGACGGAAGAGGAGGCUGUCACAGUAAAACAAGAAGUUGGGGGUGAGGCUGUUACAGUGAAAGAAGAGAAAGACUCGUUCAGAGUGAACGAGGAGGAGGAUGUCACAGUAAAACAAGAGGAAGGGAAAGAUGAUGUAGUUUUUGGAGUGAAGAUGGAAGGGGAGAUUACUGUCACAUUGGAAGAUGAAGAUGAGGAGGAUGUUACAGUAAAAGAAGAGGAUGUUACAGUAAAAGAGGAUGUAGUUUUUGGUGUGAAGAAGGAAGGGGAGAUUACUGUCACAUUGAAAGAUGAGGAGGUGGAGAUAGAUCUGAUUAACACCAGAGAGAAACCAGACUCUGACAGCGGGGAGAGUCCUUCAGGGGAACCAGACCCAGAGAUGCCCAAACCAGCGAGACAACACCACUGCUCUCACUGUGUUAAGAGUUUUUGCUGGUCAGGGAACCUAAAACUGCAUGAAAGAACACACACAGGAGAAAAGCCUUUCCAAUGUUCCCAGUGUGGAAAGAGUUUUACCAUGUUAGCUAACCUGAAAAGGCAUGAGAGAAUACACACAGGAGAAAAGCCUUAUCACUGUUCCCACUGUGGAAUGAGGUUUACUCAGACAGGGCACCUAAAAGCUCAUGAGAGGAUACACACAGGAGAAAAGCCUUUCCAAUGUUCCCAGUGUGGAAAAAGUUUUACUAAGAAAGGGCAAUUGAAAGAGCAUGAGAGAAUACACAAAGGAGAAAAGCUAUUCCAAUGUUCCCAUUGUGGAAAGAGUUUUACUCUAAUAGGAAACCUAAAAAAACAUGCGAGACUACACACCGGAGAAAUGCCUUUCCAAUGUUCCCAGUGUGAAAAGAGUUUUGCCGUGUUAGCUAACCUGAAAAGGCAUGAGAGAAUACACACUGGAGAAAAGCCUUACCACUGUUCCCACUGUGAAAAGAGGUUUAUUCAGUUAGGGGACCUAAAAGCUCAUGAGAGGAUACACACAGGAGAAAAGCCUUAUCACUGUUCCCACUGUGAAAAGAGUUUUAUUCAUUUAGGGUACCUAAAAGCUCAUGAGAGGACACACACAGGAGAAAAGCCUUUCCAAUGUUCCCAUUGUGAAAAGACUUUUACCAUUUUAGCUAACCUGAAAAGGCAUGAGAGAAUACACACUGGAGAAAAGCCUUAUCACUGUUCCCACUGUGGGAUGAGUUUUACUCAGACAGGGCACCUAAAAGCUCAUGAGAGGAUACACACAGGAGAAAAGCCAUUCCAUUGUUCCCAUUGUGGAAAGAGUUUUACUAAGAAAGGACCGUUAAAAGAGCACGAGAGAAUACACACAGGAGAAAAGCCUUUCCAAUGCCCCCAGUGUGGAAAGAGUUUUCCCUGGUUAAGGAGCCUGAAGGAGCAUAAUAAGACACACACCAAAAAAGCCCUACCACUGCUCUCUCUCUGCGUGGAAGGACAUUUUCCCAGUCACAGAACCUGAAAUCACAUGAGACAAUAAAGGUGCUGUGAUCUGA